AUGCCAGACGAUGUGGAAUUUGAUGAGGAAGCGCAUGCGGCGCUGCUGAGCGGCUUCCGCGUGUUUCGCUAUCGCCUUGAGGAGACGGUGAGCAUUGUGCAGUGGCCCGUUUCAGGCGACGCUGGUGGACCGCCCGUGCCGGUGGACCCUCCGCUGCGCGGCUUGCUGCGGGGCUACAUGCUGUCGAGACAGCGGCGGCAGUUCCUGCACCAGAGCCUCGUUGCUGCAGGGGUGGAGUUGGUGGUGACGCCAUCGGACUACGAAAACGUGCACUUCUUCCCCGCCUCCUACGCCACGUUGGCCCCGCUGUCCCCGCGCGCCACGUGGCGCCCGGUGGACGCGACGGCGACGCCGGGGCUCUUCGCGGAAUGCCUGGAGGAGGUGAAGGGAUGGGGUUGCCGCUACGUCGUUCUCAAAGACUACGUGAAGAGCGCCAAGGCCCAUGGCAGUCGUUUUAUGCAGGUCCCUGUGGACGACGACCUGCCAGAGGUGGCCUGCGACUUUGUCAAAGCGCGCGGCGCGCGCUUUAACGAAGGAGUGGUUUUCAAGGAGUAUGUGGAACUGGUGAGAUACCCGGGCCGUGGUGAUUUCACCACCAACGAAUGGCGGCUCUGGUUCAUGCACCAGAACUUGGUGGAGAUUACGGCCAACUCCUUUCAGGUGGCACCCAGGGAGGGUCAGAUCUUGGGGAUGUUCACUGAGGUGGAGCAAGUUGAGCCGCUGCCGGAAGAGGUCUUGCAACAGGUGAAAGAGAUGGCCAAGCAGAUCCAAAGUCCAUACUUCACCAUCGACCUGGCCGAAACGGACUCAGGAGCUUGGAUCAUCCUGGAAGCAGGGGAUGGCGGUGUUUCUGGCUUGGCCACGUCGCAGGAGCUCCACGAACUGCUUCACUGUGGCGAUUCCCUGGGGAUAAUCCUUUGGGCAUUCUUCGGGCAUUCUUCGUAG